CAAAUUGACAAGAUGGGCUCUCAAGGCACAGACAAGGUUUUGACAGUGGAAACACUUAACCCGAACGUCAAACUUAUGGAGUAUGCAGUCCGAGGACCUAUUGUAACACGGGCCAAUGAAAUCGAUCAGGAAAUAAAAAAAGGAGCCAAAAAGUCUUUAAGAAAGGUGGCAAUGGCAAAUAUUGGCGAUUGCCAUGCAACCGGACAAAAACCGAUAACGUUUAUACGCCAGGUGCUUGCCUUGUGUACAUACCCGGAUCUGCUGAAUAGUCAGGAUUUCCCCGAGGAUGCUAAAAACCGGGCAAGGCGUAUUUUGGCUGGGUGUCGAGGAGCAAGCCUUGGGUCGUACAGUGACAGUGCAGGAGUGGCUGUGAUUAGACAAGAUAUUGCCAACUACAUCACUCAGAGAGAUGGUUUUCCGUCAAAUCCUGAUGACAUUAUAAUGUCCACUGGAGCCAGUGAUGGAAUCAAGUCAAUCCUGACACUGUUGCUAACAGGAAAGGGUGGGGAUGAGCGAGCUGGUAUCAUGAUUCCAGUACCUCAGUACCCUCUCUACUCGGCGGCCAUUGCGGAGUACAAUGCCUACCCCAUCAAAUAUUACCUGGAUGAAAAAAAGCACUGGGGUUUGGAAGUUGAUGAAUUGAAUAGAGCUAUAACUGAAGCCAAAUCUCAUUGUAAACCACGGGCGAUUGUCAUUAUUAAUCCUGAAAACCCAACAGGACAAGUACUGACCAAAGAAAACAUUCAGGCUGUAAUCUGAUUCGCUAAACAAGAAAACCUGUUUAUUUUGGCUGAUGAGGUGUAUCAAAAUAACAUCUGUGCACAAGGCAGCGAGUUCUUCUCCUUCAAGAAAGCCCUCAUGGAAAUGGGACCUGAAUACAACCAAAUGGAGCUGUCAUCGUUCAUGUCGGCAUAGAAAGGUUUCAUGGGCGAGUGUGGCUACCGAGGGGGAUACGCGGAGAUCAUCAACCUUGACCCGGAGGUCCGUGUGCAGUAUCUUAAGAGCAUCUCUGUCUCAGGACAAGUCGUCAUGGAUGUGUUCACAAACCCUCCCGUGCAAGGAGAACCAUCUUAUGAACUUUUCAUUAAAGAAAAAGAGGAAGUUCUGUCGCUAUUGAAGAAAAAAGCUCGCCUUGUGACCGAUACUUUUAAUUCUAUUGAUGGGAUCACAUGUAAUGAAGUUCAAGGCGCCAUGUAUGCCUUCCCACAGAUUUUCCUGCCCCCGAAAGCUGUUGAAGAAGCUAACAAAAACAGCCAGGCACCAGAUUUGUUCUACUGUUUCAGGCUUUUGGAGGAGACUGGAUUAUGUACCAUUCCUGGGAGUCGAUUUGGACAGAAAGACGGAACCUACCACUUCCGCACUACUUUCCUACCUCCCCUGGAAGAGAUUAAGCAGGUGUUGCAGCAUUUCCGCACCUUCCACCUGAAGCUCCUCGAGAAGUAUAAGUAA